GGGAGUUUGUUGGGUCUCAAGGAAGCAAAAAGGCUUCCUGUCUCAUCCAAUGUGCUAAUAAAACUUCUCCACACGGAAAUGAGAGAAACAGAUUGCCGAGCUUAAACCUCACGUAUUCUCUUCCUCUCAAACAAUCAAACCGACUAGGACAGCUGCAAUCUGCAAUCUUGUCUGCCUAAUCAACUGUAUCGCUGUUUCAUACAGGUUGGGUCAUCUUUUCCCCCAAUAUAUGUGCACCAGCUAAUAGUUUUGUCAAUUUCAGAUUCAAACUGGUUCACUUCUAGCAUGCUACUGCUAUUUUUGUUAAUUGGUUUCAUCUCCUGCUUUGCUUCUUCCUAAAUGUUUUGCUACUCUAGAUACUUAAUGUUGCUUAUUAGUCCCUAAAUGAUGUGUUCUUUUUAGAUCUUGAGUGAAGGUAACCGGGGCUAAAAUGAUUGCUGGUGGAGGCUAUUUUGAUGGUUCCCAUGAUCAUAUUCUCAUGGAAGGAUCAAUGAUCCACGAUCCUUCCCAAUCUUCCAUCUAUGACAGUACAAAUGAAGAACAACAGAACUUCAGACUCGCCCCCUUUUCCAUAGAAGACCACUCCAAUCUAGCCAAUCUUACCUCUGAGCCUGCAAGGGUGACUGACCAUAUUCAAAACCAGCUUGGGAUUGACAUGGAGCAGGACCAUAGUGGCCAAAUGAUACAAGAAGUGCCUCCAGUAGAAACUGCAAAUUUGGUUCCUUCUAUCUAUGGUGUCCACAAUCAUAUCCUCAGGAGCCAGAUAGGAGAAAGUCCGCAUAACAUAACUGUGGAACAGCAGAUCCUGGACUAUGAUGCUGCAUCAUAUCGAAGUGGCACUUAUGCAACUGCACAUGAUCUUCUAAAUUCUCUACAGACCCAAAGGUGCAGUUUGACUCCUGAAUUUCCUUCAACAGAACAUAUCUUUGGUGAUCCAGCACAAAACAUGGUCAAUCAUUUGAACAUGAACAAUGACCUUCCGGGAAUAGCAAUUCAAGAAAGUGGAAUGAUGUUCAGCGAUUCAACUCUACCAUUAGGUUAUCACGCUACCCAAUCUCAUAUGUUGAAGGAUCUCUAUCAUUCACUGCCACAGAAUUAUGGGUUAUUUACCAGUGAUGAUGAGAGAGAUGGAAUGAUCAGGGCGCCAGGGAUCUCAGGAAAUAUUUUCCAGGAGAUAGAUGAGAGGCAGUUUGAUAGUCCAAUACUGGGGAGCAGAAGACGGAAAGGUGGCUUUGGCAAGGGCAAGGGAAAAGCUAACUUUGCAACUGAAAGAGAAAGGAGGGAGCAGCUAAAUGUGAAGUAUGGGGCUUUAAGAUCACUAUUCCCAAACCCCACUAAGAAUGAUAGGGCUUCUAUAGUUGGAGAUGCCAUUGAAUACAUCAAUGAGCUUAAUAGAACAGUGAAAGAACUGAAGACCCUAGUGGAAAAGAAGAGGAACAGCACUGACAGGAGGAAGAUGCUGAAGUUGGACGAUGAGGCAGCUGAUGAUGGGGAAAGCUCUUCAAUACAGCCAGUGAGUGAUGAUCAAAACAAUCAGAUGAAUGGGGCUAUAAGGAGCUCCUGGAUUCAAAGGAGGUCCAAGGAAUGCGAUGUUGAUGUCCGCAUAGUUGAUGAUGAAAUAAACAUCAAGUUCACAGAGAAGAAGAGGGUCAAUUCUUUACUUUGUGCUGCAAAGGUUCUAGAGGAGUUCCGUCUUGAUCUCAUCCAUGUCGUUGGGGGAAUUAUAGGAGAUCAUCAUAUAUUUAUGUUCAAUACAAAGAUACCUAAGGGCUCCUCAGUGUAUGCAUGUGCAGUGGCUAAGAAGCUCCUUGAAGCUGUGGAGAUGAAAAACCGGGCUCUUAAUAUCUUCAACUAGCCGUAUCUCGUGAUUUUUACUUAGACUACGGUCCAUGCUGGUCUAUCGUUUAGCAUCUAUUGAUAAGGUGCUGACUUGUUAGUGAAGUGCUGCAGGAAUUGUUAAUGUCUGCUACGAAUUAAUUCUUGACAACCAGUUCAGUGGUUUAACUUCUUGCCUCAUUUUCUGUAUACUUUCAACACUCAUGCUAGAAUAUGUGGUGCUUCUUAUUCAGCAUUUGCCGACAUUGCCACACGAUACUUUAUUCUUCCGAAUCAUUUUUUCUCUGGACAUACAUAGCAGAUCGAUUCCACUAC